GGCUCAAAGUUCAAUUCCAGCAUGUACUCGAUUCGAGGUUUAGUCAUUUGUGUCUUACUGUCAUUGAAUGGAUUGUCAAAAUCAAACGAUUUAGAGAUUCCAGGCACUAAUACUGAAAUUCCUGUAGGAACCCGCGCUGCUCUCCAAGCUGCAAGUGUGGCCAUUCAUUACUUAAAUUACCAUCAUGGAUCACCAUACCAACAUUAUCAGCUACAUAAGCUUAAAGAAGUCCAUCGUGAGGCAAUUUUCAAUCUUGGAAACAAGUACCACCUUGAAUUUGAAGUGAAAAAUGAAAACUCCUCAAAUGUUACUGAAAUCUGUGCAGCAUAUGUAUCCUCUUACAAGAAAAAUAUUCCAGAUGUAUCUCUGCAGUGUGAUUUAAGACACCUCAAGAAUGACAGCUUCAAGAAAGAUAAUGAAUUUUACUUCAAUUUGAGAAAUAGGAAAGACCCGGUGGUAGGCUACAAUAUUCCUGAUAAUUUUGGAUUUAUAAACCCUGAAAUGAUGCCAAUCUGGCACCUGGCAAAAGUUAGUGCCAGCUAUAUAAUGUGGCACAAAUCCACUGAAACUAAGAGGUAUAACAUGCUUCAAAUACAGAAAAUUAACCAAUGGAUCAGGACAGUCAAAUUUCUUGAAUUUACCUACACUGUUCUUCUCCACGAGAUCCCAACCCAGGAAAUAAUUACAUGUAAUAUGUGGGUGAUGUGGAAGCCUAAAUAUUCACCGUUGGUGAAAUACACUUGCUUACCCCCUCCAUCUGAAAGUACUUCUGAAGAGUCAGAACUUGGGAGGACGGAGAGCCCCGGAUUCCUCGUACCGGUGCAGCCCGGAUCGCAAGUGCUGGAACGCCCCGGAUCACAAAGGCGAUAAAAGUCAGCUACUGAUUACUAAACAUCCAAAUGGGACACCAUAUAUUUACUAAAAGGAUUAUUUUCCUUUAUACUGGCAGCGCAAAAGAAACCAAACUAGGGACAUUAUGAAAACAGUAUCUGAAGUAGUUUGCCUCUUACACUAAUAAUGCUACUUUAAAUGGCUCACACUCUACCUUGUAUUUCAAGACCUGCUAUAAAGCUACAUAUACUUUGUACAAGAUAAUCAAGACAUCCAGGGUAAACCUCUUUCAAAUUAAGAAAAUAACUGUUAACAUCAAUUUACUGCAUUAAUAAAACCUGUGUUGCUAUCUAAAAAGAAUGGUCAAUGAAAAAUUUUAUUUCUGAACAGAUUUAUAAUCCAUCAUAGUCUGCUUUGAUAUGUUCCACAUUAUUGUCUUAGAUCAAGAAUAAAUACUUUUUAGCAAACCAAAACAUUUAGUCUUCAAAACACUUUUGUGAAGGAGUGUGAAUGUGGCAACAA